UGCAGCAAAAUGGUAAUGUGUGCAGUCUUCAGUCACACACGAAACAAACAAAAACACACAUCUUAUUGUUUAGUUAACAUAGCUAUCUGAUAUGAGAUAUACAUUCGGUGGGGGAAAUAUAUUUACUCAAGAAAAUAGAUGUGUCUAUAGCUAGACAAUAAAUUCACAUUUCAGGAUAUUUCCACAUUCUCUUAUGACUGGUCAGUUGGAGCUAACAAAACUAGCUCGCUAGCAAGCUAAGUUAGUUACCAGUGAGAAGUUGUUAGAAGGCUGUACUCCGGACGUCUGAGAAAAACAACAACUGUCAGCUACAGUAAGGUUACCAGUUGUUUCCUAGGGCAAGGCAAGCUACAGCGACUAUCUGUAUCACCUCUUCGAGCUAAGACUGGGGUCGCAACAAUGGCAGGUGAUCUGCGUGGUGUAGCAGGGCAGGCCAAGCCCCUGAAUCCUCAGCGCUCCCUCCCUGGGACACCCAUCAGUCACACACUCAAACACUUCCCCAUCAACCUGCGUACAUCCAUGGACGGAAAGUACAAGGAGAUCGCUGAGGAGCUGUUCACUCGUAGCCUGACGGAGAGUGAGAUGCGCACCGCUCCUUAUGAGUUCCCUGAGGACAGCCCCAUUGAGCAGCUGGAGGAGAGACGCCAACGCCUGGAGAGGCAGAUCAGCCAGGACAUCAAGCUUGAGCCAGAGAUCCUGCUCCGCAUCAAACAGGAGUUCAUGAAAAUUGACAGCGCUGCCGACCUAGAGUUUAUGAAUGAGCUGGGUGGUGUGGACAGGACGGAUGAUGGCUGGAUGAAGGAGAGAGUAUUACCAAUGGAGCGAGAGUACCAGCGUGUCUCAAUAUCAGGGGAGGAGAAGUGUGGGGUGCCCUUCACAGACCUGGUGGAUGCAGCUAAAUGUGUGGUAAAGGCCCUGUUCAUCAGGGAGAAGUACAUUGCUCUGUCCAUUCAGAACUUCUGUAAGACCACUGCCCGCGAGCUGGGAGAGCUGGGAGAGAAGCCCCUGGACCUACGCAUCUAUGAGGAAAUCCCUGAGACCCCCGUUGAUGCAGAUGCUCCAGUCCACCCCCCUGUCUCAGAGACUCACCCCUAUGAAAACCAGGACACCAAGAACAUGCCUGCAGACACAGGGUACAGCUGUAAGAUGGUGGAUGGGGUCAUGCAUGUCUACACCAAGAAGAGCCCCAUGGAGAAGAGUACAGAGUUGGACCUGCCUUACCCAGACCUGAAGGAGUACAUCGCUGACAUGAAUGUCAUGAUGGCUCUCAUCAUUAACGGACCAGUAAAGUCUUUCUGCUACCGCCGGCUGCAAUACCUGAGCUCUAAGUUCCAGAUGCACAUCCUGCUGAACGAGAUGAAGGAGCUGGCAGCCCAGAAGAAGGUUCCUCACCGCGACUUCUACAACAUCCGCAAGGUGGACACCCACAUCCAUGCCUCAUCUUGUAUGAACCAGAAGCACCUGCUGCGCUUUAUCAAGCGAGCCAUGAAGAAGUACCCUGGGGAGAUAGUCCACAUGGAGCACGGGCGGGGACAGACCCUCAUGGAGGUGUUUGAGAGCAUGAACCUGACUGCCUUUGACCUGAGUGUGGACACACUGGACAUGCACGCGGACCGCAACACGUUCCAUCGCUUCGACAAGUUCAAUGCCAAAUACAACCCCAUCGGAGAAUCCAUCCUGAGAGAGAUCUUCAUCAAGACAGACAACCACAUUGAGGGCAAAUACUUUGGCCACAUGAUCAAGGAGGUGAUGGCUGACCUAGAGGAGAGUAAGUACCAGAAUGUGGAGCUGCGUCUGUCCAUCUACGGCCGCUCCCGGGACGAAUGGGACAAGCUGGCCCAGUGGGCCGUCAAACACCAAGUCUACUCUGACAACGUGCGCUGGCUCAUCCAAGUGCCCCGCCUUUUUGAUGUGUACCGCACCAAGAAGCAGCUGGCUAACUUCCAGGAGAUGAUGGAGAACAUCUUCAUGCCUCUGUUUGAGGUCACCAUUAACCCCCGCAGCCACCCUGAGCUGCACCUCUUCCUCCAGCAUGUGGUGGGCUUUGACAGUGUGGAUGACGAGUCCAAGCCGGAGCACCACAUCUUCAACAUGGACAGCCCCCUGCCAGCCGACUGGACAGAGGAGGACAACCCUCCCUACUCCUACUACCUCUACUACACCUACGCCAAUAUGGCCGUGCUCAACCACCUGCGCAGGAGGCGUGGCUUCCACACGUUUGUGCUGCGCCCUCACUGCGGGGAGGCGGGGCCUGUCCACCACCUGGUGUCGGGUUUCAUGCUUUCAGAGAACAUCUCCCAUGGGCUGCUGCUCAGGAAGGCACCAGUGCUGCAGUACCUGUACUACCUGGCUCAGAUUGGCAUUGCCAUGUCCCCCCUGAGCAACAACAGCCUGUUCCUCAGCUACCACCGCAACCCCCUGCCUGAGUAUCUGUCCAGAGGUCUCAUGGUCUCUCUGUCCACUGACGACCCCCUACAGUUCCACUUCACGAAGGAGCCUCUGAUGGAGGAGUACAGCAUCGCCACACAGGUGUGGAAGCUCAGCUCCUGUGACAUGUGUGAGCUGGCCAGGAACAGCGUCCUUAUGAGCGGCUUCUCCCACAAGGCAAAGAGCUACUGGCUUGGGCCCAAAUACAGCAAAGAGGGCCCAGAGAGCAACGACAUCCGUCGCACCAACGUCCCAGACAUCCGCGUGGCAUACCGCAGUGAGACCCUGCUGGAGGAGCUCAACCUCAUCACCCACGCUGUGCGCACCAAGGAGCUGGACAACAUCGACGAGGAGGACACCCUCUCCAUGGCUCCCAUCGGGGCAGAAGGACGCUAAAUCAACAACUCCUCUCUAUUGCUCCCUGGAUAGGUUUUAUUUCAUAUUGGAGGAGAUUUUCUGAUCUUCGAUCUGUUCCUGGGUCACUUCCUCUGUCACUUUUAUCUCCUGACCCUCCAUACAUUAACACCCCAAGUGAUUUCCUUUGUCAUGUGACCCUGCAUGGGAAGGAAGAUCCCACAGUUUGCCUGUGAUUUAAUGACAUGUUUGUAACCAUCACUGAUAUAUCACACACACACACACACAUAUUGCAGUUUUCCUGUCCUAAAAGCUGCUUAUCUUCCAUCACACAGUGAUGCUGCUUUAACCUUAACAUCUAGUGUAAUAUUAACAUCUAGUGUAAUAUUAACAUCUAGUGUAAUAUUAACAUCUAGUGUAAUAUCAUCUAGACAUCUAGUGUAAUAUUAACAUCUAGUGUAAUAUUAUCAUCUCGUGUAGUAUUAACAUCUAGUGUAAUAUUUUCAUAAUGGUUAUAACUUUUGAAGUAGGAAAACAGAUACAACUUAGCAGCAAUAUUAUGAGUGUAUUAUCCAUGGGUCAUCUUACCUCACUACACAAUGCAUAGGUUCCACACUACAUUGUUCCAACAACACCUGUUCCGCACUGAGAGGAACAGUCGCAUGUAACUUUGAGAUGCAUGGAAACCAUGGUAACACUUUUCUAAAGUACGAACGUACUGAGUUUAAAAAACAAACAAAGGACCAAAUCUGUGUGGUCUAGAAGCAGAAGUUGUGCACAAUUCCAGUUUGUGUGUGCUGCUGGGUAUCGGCUGGCUUUCAUCUGUUUCUGGCUUCAGGAGGUUUCUAGUGCUUUAAUAGCUAAAGGAGUCCUCUCAGCUAGUCUCUGUGAUCUAAAUCAGCUCUAACUAAAAAGCAAGCAGGACAUCCAGCAGAGACACUGCAGCAGCCCUCAGGACAUGGAGCUGUGUUGUGACUGUGGUCUACUGCAAACAUUCCAUUCAAUUAACUUUAAGAUGUUAUUUUCACAUUAGUUAUAGAAUAUGCAGCCAAAAAGAGUAGAUGUAUACUAUUCCAGUACAGAUGCAUGAUGUGUACAGGGUAUAUAUAUAUAUAUAUAUACAGUGGGGCAAAAAAGUAUUUAGUCAGCCACCAAU